ACAAACCAUUAACGACUUAAUACGCGACUCAUUAAUUUCAUCAAUCGCGUGUUAUUGCGUCAUGGUAGCCGGCGGCAAGGUGAAGCGAGAAAUCUUUGGAACUCGUUAGAUUUGCAUGGCGGACGGAAUUUCUCCCGCAUCUUCGCCAACUAUUUUCCAUUCGCAUCGAUAAACAAAACGUCGAGGCCUUAACAAAAUAAUAACCGAGUCGACUUGGAAUAAUAGCGCAUCGCAUAUUAUUUGCAAUCGCAACGGGAGACGGUACAACUUUCUCGAACCGGCUUUCAAAAAUUACAGGCUCUGCUAUUGAUAUCUGCUGUUCAGUAGUCGUUUGCGGCCCGUCAAAGACGUCACGUCGUGUCGUCGCGGUUUAGCCGAACAAUCGAAACGCGACGUUACGUAAGCGGAUGACGUAGCAGCAGCGACGCGAUUUAAAUGUUUACGGUUGGUUGCCUUGAAUCCACGGACAGGCGAUCCCGACUUUUUCAAAUGUUGCGUGGAUGAUAAGCACAAAUUUUUAUUUUUAACGCGGAAAUUGGCGGCGCGAUUUCGUCGUCCGAAUCAUGGCUCCGAAUUAUAGCAAGUUUUUAACCAAAAGUAACGCCGUCGCGGGCGCGGGAGUCGUCGUCGCUGCUUUUUUGCUAAGUCGGAGGAAAAAGGAACGUGACUCUGGACCGCGGAGCAAAAAUGUGAAUAAUCUAGAAGAUGAACCCAAGUACAUGAUAACGGAAAAGAAGGAGUCGAAGGUUAAGGUGCACGUCGAUAGAAAGUUAUUCCGGCAGCUCGCGGAGCUGUUUAAGAUAAUAGUGCCGGGAUGGACUUCUCCGGAAUGCGGGAUGUUUUUUUUGAUCGCCGCUAGCCUGGUCGCGCGAUCGAUUUGCGAUCUCUGGUUAAUUAACAAUGGGACCAAAAUAGAAAGCGCCAUCGUGUCUAUGGACAAGCGCCUCUUCCAUCGACGGCUCAUCAAAUUUUUGACUGCGCUGCCUCUCGUGGCCGUCGUCAACAAUAUAUUGAAAUAUUCAAUAGGCGAUCUGAAAAUACGGCUGCGCACUAACCUAACCAAACGCUUAUACGACGAGUACAUGAGAAACUACACUUAUUACAAAAUUACCAACUUGGACAACCGCAUAUCGAACGCCGAUCAACUUUUGACAACUGACGUCGACAAAUUCUGCGAAGCCAUCACCGAUCUCUACUGCAACACCGCCAAACCUCUCCUCGACAUCGGCAUAUACGUCUACAAACUGUCGACUACGAUGGGAGGCGGCACCCCUGCCCUCAUGCUAAUCUACCUGCUCGUGUCGGGCUUGGUGUUGACGAACCUGCGCAAACCCACCGCCCGACUGACUGCGGGCGAGCAAAAAUUGGAGGGGGAGUUCAGGCACAUCAAUUCCCGUCUCAUCACGCACUCGGAAGAGAUCGCGUUCUACAACGGGAACGCCCACGAGCGCACAAUCCUCCUCGCCAGCUACAGAAAACUGUCCAACCAUCUUCGCAAAUUCCUCAAGUUCAAAGUGAUAAUGGGCGUGUUCGACAACCUCAUAGCGAAGUACUUCGCUAGCAUCGUCGGUUUCUAUGCCGUGUCGUUGCCGUUCAUUUCGGGGAAAAUCGCUAGAGGGAGCCACGGCGAACGGUCACGUCUCUAUUACACCUACGGCAGGAUGCUCGUGAAACUGGCGGAGGCGAUAGGUCGAUUAGUACUCGCGGGACGCGACCUCACUCGCCUAGCCGGUUUCACGUCGAGGGUUACCCAAUUGAGGACCGUCCUGGGCGAAUUGAACGCCGGCAAAUACGAGAGGACCAUGCUGCUCGGGUCCGCCCACCUCGCGCCAAACGCCGGCCGACUCGUCUACCGCAACAACGUCAUCAAGUUCGACAGGGUACCGUUGGUGACGCCCAACGGUGACGUCCUUAUACAGGAGCUGACGUUCGAGAUAACGUCGGGGAUGAACGUGCUCAUAUGCGGACCGAACGGGUCGGGCAAGUCGUCGUUGUUUCGGAUACUCGGCGAACUGUGGCCGCUGUUCGGGGGCGAGCUGACGAAACCUCCCCGAGGCAAACUGUUUUAUAUACCCCAAAGGCCGUACAUGACGUUGGGUUGUCUCCGGGAUCAGCUGACUUACCCCCAUAACGGUACGGAGGCGGCCAGGAGGGGGGUGGACGACGCCAAGCUCGCGGAGUACCUCGACGUAGUCAAGCUAGGUUAUAUCCUCGAGAGAGAGGGCGGACUGGACGCUGUAGCCGAUUGGUUGGACGUCCUAUCGGGCGGCGAAAAGCAGCGUAUCGCGAUGGCCAGACUGUUUUAUCACAAGCCUCAGUUCGCCGUGCUAGACGAGUGCACCAGCGCCGUAUCGGUCGACGUAGAGGGCGAUAUGUACGAGUACUGCAGGAGGGCGGGAAUCACGUUGCUCACGGUGUCCCACAGGAAGUCGCUUUGGCAACACCACGAGCACGUGUUGCAUUUGGACGGAGCAGGCGGGUACUCAUUCAAGCAGAUAGAUACCCUCACGGAAAGGUUCGGGUCUUGACAUAGUAGGGCGGGGGCCAAGAAAUUAUCGACUCGAUCUAAGGACGUUGUGUUGAGGCUCCGCCUCCUCAACGUUGCAUUGCGAACUGAAAACCAUAAGUUUUUUACGAUAGAAUGUGUCUUACAAGGUGUGGGGAUAACAGCGGUUCCAGCCAAUAAGCUUAAAUGUAAAUAAAAUAGCGGGACAGUUGUACUUCCUAUGAAAUUUCACCCUUGUUAACGGGUUAUAACCUAAUUUUCUGACGUUUUAGUUUUUGCACCUUCUUUUCCAUUGACGUUAAAUUAGAAGGUUAGAGUUCUGUUUUUUCUUUGUUAUUUAAAAGAAAAAAUUGUGUAUCCCCUAACAAUAGACAUAAUGUUAAGAAUUAAAAACCAAUUUCGAUCCCCAGCAGCACUUUUCAAUAUUUUGCAUUUUCAAAAACUCAAACAGGAAACUGUAAAAAAAUUACCUUUAAACCACCGACUCAAAUAUUUAACGACCAUAAAAAGUAGAGGUGAAAGAAACUAGUCGUAUUCAAAAAAAGAUUAAAAGGUGGCAAUUCAAAUUCAAUGAAAAUAAAUCAAAUUUUUAUUUUUUUAAUUCACAAUAUUUGCGAAACGUAUUUGUACCGCCAACACCACCUACGGCUUAAACUUUUAUUAACGGGAUCUAACUGGUAUUAAUAAAAUGUACAUUAUUUUUUAACAUAUAUUUUUAAUAAUCCAUAUUAACCCGUUAUUGAAAUCGUCAAUAUAACUAAUGAUCACCAUAAAUUCAAUGAGACCUCUGGCUUAAAAAAAUAUUAACCUUAAAAAUUUUAAAUGGCCGCAUUGUUUUCAUGUUUGCCUUGGUUAUACUGAUGUCACACAACAAAUUGCUCACUCUAGAAACAUAAAACAAUUAAACCUAUAGUUUUUGAUGUAAACAUUUUAUUCUUUAGCAAUAUAUUUAGAACUUACCGACAAAACAGUUUGUUCCAACCGGAAGCCAUAUGAUUUGUGGAUACUUACUUAAAUACGAUAAACAAGAUGUUGUUCUUGUGUCAUUUUUUGCAAACCACACACCACAGAAAUUGAUAGCAGGUAUAAUCAGCUGGUCAAAAGCUAACAUUAAACAUUAUGAAAAACUUACGAACGCUUACGUUUGUUUAUAAUAAUAAGCACAGUUAAGAAACAUGUUGGUUUGGUGCAGCGCCACCAUCGGAGGAUAAGUUAACGAAGAAUCACAGUUAAGUAAUGUGUUUUUGGUUUGUUUAACCCACCCAUACUUGCAACGUGUGGAAGCACUCUAAUCCCCUACGUGUUUUAUGUUCUCAUGUUCUAAACUAUAGUUUAACGCGCCUUUCUAAUAAAUCGACUCAAAACAAAAUGGUAAUAAUUUUUUUUUUACGAUUGGUUUGUACGUUUCAGAGUGUUAAAAUUGCUCCAAAUACUCAUUAACGGUGAUGCCAGUUAUUUUAUAGAAUCGUGCGGUCGAAGCGUUGUAGGUCAGAAUUGUUCUGCAUUCAUAUCUAAUUGUUUUAGGUAAUUUCACGUGUUACAACCGUAUGGCGAUCAUUUCCGGUCGAGUAACCGAUAAUUCAAUAACACGAAACAUGUAUAUUUUUAUAAUGACCCCCUUUAUUAUUGUUGUUUUAUAUUAUAUAAGUGUAAUUGGUGUUAUGGUCUGUGAUAUACUUGUUUGUUUAAUAAAAAAAUAUAUGAA